UUGUUUUUGGACGAUUUUGUGUGCUUUGCGGAUGAUGCACGGAUGUGUUGCGCGCCAUGCCGAAGUCUAGUACGAGUACUAACCAGUGUUAAUGUUUUGAAGUAAGCAACGUGUGAAGGACGAAAUGUGAUGUUACAAUUUGUUGCGUUUGUAACGGUAGUGUUGUCCGUAGUGUUGUUGGUGUCUUCUUUUACGAGUUCGCUGUUUUACAAGAGUGGUGAUAUACAUAGGUUAUUGGCGAGUCGCGUAUCAGCCUUCGACAAACAGUAGCGCAGUGAGCGCACGAUUAAAACCUGUUGUAAACCAAGUCGUACACAGUAAGAUGAAAGAGCAUAAAAACAACUAAACAACGAUAAUAAACCAGCAAAGAACUCUACAACAAAUCAACCAAAUCAAAAACAACAAGAAAAGCAAAAAUAAAAAUGAAACCAAAAGUAAAACACCACAAGAAACGAAAGCUGACCAAAACAGCAAUCGAAAGACAAAAGCCGAAAGUGCGCAAGUAAAACCUAAAUACUGAAAUAAAAAAGUGAAAAUAAAGACCAACUCAAAGUUAUUUUAAAUCAAGUCGGUUUCAUGCUAAGCCAAAAGCAAUGAAAGAAGUUGAGAAACAAGAGAGCAACAAAAUUGCAAGUGCAUAAAUGGCAAGCAUGAGUUUGCGGGCGUCGUAGUGGGACGAGAGGUAAGUGCGCGGUGCGUUAGGACGGGGGGCAACACGCAGAGCACGAGCUAAAACUGAACGUUGAGAGGUGGAUUAAGUAUCUACUAAGGGGUUAUGUUGAUUUACUUUUCUAUGGCGCAUCAAAAGCAGUGCGCGGCAGCAGAGACAAAAAACUGGUUCUACAAGCGGCUGGACAAGUUGUAGUGUAGCGGCAGAAAACCAGAAACAAAAACACACGUUAAAAACAACAAAACAACGCCUGCGAUAAUCACAACAUUCAAACGCCACGUUAACAUUACAGAAAACCGAAAACAACAACAGCAGCAACAACAGCAAUAUGAAGAACCGCUGAAAAAAACAACAUGAAUUACAUGAAAUAUAUGUAAACACAUGACGAGAGACAAGAAAAUACCAAAAACGAAAUCAAAGAGUUACACAAGCAGAUGCAACAACAACAGCAACAUUAAUAGCCGCAGCGAAAACAACACGAGUUAAACCAGCAGCAACAGCCACAACAAACAAGAAACAACCACAAACGACUGAAUGGCAGCACAAGCAACAAUCUCAAGCACCAUUGAGGCCACAAAAAACUCACACACCCAAAAGUCAGUCAGUAAGUCAUCGGGCGAGUUAGCGUACGGGCGCGUAUAGAUGUCGCGGUGCAUAGCUUACGUACAUGCUUACAUACGAGUACAUGCGAGUAGGUCCGUUAGUCAGUCGUGGUAAGCGGCAGAGCUUAUGCAGAACAACAACAAAAAUUCAACGAAAUUUAAUCAAAAAAUGUGGUAGUGAUGAAAAACGACUGCAGAAAAUAGUCGUCGUUCAACAUCCCACUGUGACAGUGACAGCUUUGUCAGAAACUAAGCUUAAGUGUGGCUAUUGUGGUGCUAAAAAUUAAUUAAAAAGAAAGAAAAAAAAAAAACAAUAAAAACAAUGUGCUCUGUUAGCAACUGGACUGUAGACUUUCUAUAGAAAAAAUAUUGCUCCAAUAAAAUAAUUAAAAAAUCUACACAAUUGCGCAAACAGCAACAACUACGUUACAUAUCAAUAGCUAACCAGCAAGCAAACGGCUCGGUUAGACACUUCCAACCAAAACCCACAACAACACCAGAAACGCAUUGACCAUGUCACCACUUGUCAGCAAAAUCAGCAAGACUUUCCGCUGGCUGCGCUGGUCCACCAUUUGUGCCAUUCUCUUCUAUAUGUUCUUCAUCGGCCUGAUAUUGCACAGUACUACGUACAAAUUACAACACACACUCAAAUCGGGAGUGGGGAGUGACGCUGGUGGUGGUGGUGGUGGUGGUGGCGGCGAUAGUAGCGCGGCAUCUCAGGCUGACAUGCUACUACAUAAAGCACAUGAAGCACAUAAAGUACAUAAAGCACUACGAAAACAACAAACACAAGAUUACCCGCACAAGUAUCCAGUUGAGGCGGAAAGUGAAGAAAAUCUACAACAACAACAAAAAGAACAAAAGAAAUUAGCAAAAGAAGUGUUGCUGCGAAACCGGCAAACGGUUGGGAUAGUGAAAAAGGUAGCAGUUUCAGCGAGCGUGGAGCAGUCGAGCGCAGCAAACGGAAAUAAUGUGCUGAAUACACCGCCGGAAGUUCUGUUGGCCACAACAUUCCAACAACAAAAUGCGCUGCGACGUUCCAGAAGCGACGAAGAGCGAGAAAAGCGAAUAGGCAGCGAGAAAAGUGUAACGUUGCCGGGUGUUAGUACCAUUGUGACUAAAGCGGCAGUGGCGGAUGGCAUCAGUAAGCGGCGAGGCGGCAAAUCUAGCGAACCGGAAACUGUUAUUUUAGCAGCGAGCUCCGUGAACGAGAAGCAAAUUCUCGAGAAGGCAUUCAAACGUGCCGAUCGUGAUGGAAAUUCAGAGCUUACAAUACAAGAACUUGCCGUGUACAUCAAUCAAAAAAUCAUUGAACACAUUGAAGAGGCGAUCCAGAAUAAUCCACGUGAAUUUCAAAGUGUCGACAAAUCACCAGCUGACGGUUUAAUAACCUGGGAGGAAUAUCAUACUUUCUUUCUGAAAGAGCACGGCAUGACUGAUGCGGAUAUUGAUGAACACAAUGAGAUCAAACACACGGCGUUGAAUCGAAAAGCACGCGAAGAUAUGAUGCGCGAUAAAGCACGUUGGUCGGAAGCGGCGCGUACAGAUCUUUUCAGUCUGACAAUCGACGAAUACCUAUCAUUUCGUCAUCCCGAAUCGAGCAUAUCCAAUUUGCUCGAAUUAGUAGAUGAUCUAUUGCGGCAAUUCGAUCAGGAUGGUGAUGAUCAGUUAACAAUUGAUGAGUUUUCCGAAGUGAGUGUAGAUGAUGAUAAUGAUUUGCGCCGAAAGUCGCUCAUCUCACAGACAGUCGUGGAGAGAAGGGAGGAGUUUAAGCGGAUAAUUGAUAAGAACAAUGAUGGCAAAGCAGAUAGAGAAGAGCUAUUGAAUUAUGUUAAUCCGAAAACACCGCGAUAUGCUCUGCAAGAGGCGGCUACUCUGUUUAGUUUAAGUGAUGAGAAUAAGGAUGGACGUUUGACACUGAAUGAGUUAACGGCCAAUGCGGAGAUUUUCUUAACAUCAAAAAUGAUCGACACAGCAAAUAGUUUUCAUACGGAAUUUUAAUAGCGUAAAUUUGUAUAUACAUACGUACAUAGCUGACAUAUAACUUCAAAUGAGUAGCAGAAGCGGUCUAAUUUUUGGGAAAAUGAUACUCAAUAUUUUAAAAUUAUAUAAAACUAUAUAAAAGACUAGAAAGUGGUAUUGUGCAAUUAAUUGAGAACUUUUUACUAUGAUUUUCAAAAUUUUGGAUUUGGAUCCAAAGAUUAACGUACUUUCUGCAAUAGAUUACUUCUGGGCCACGCAUUUAGACUAGAAACUCUCAAAUUUAUUUUCUAUUUUCUCAUUAUUAAUAUUCAAUAAAUAACGCGUCUUAGCUAAAACGUAACAACAAUGCCCAAGUCAAUGGAGAUUUACAGAAGUCAAUUUGUAGAGAAAUAUACACUUUAUAAUAAACAAUGCACUAUAAUAGAAAAAAUGACAAGAUAUGAUCGAAAUUUAUUAUGCUCAAUCAUUUGUAAGAUAUACUUUUGUUAAAUACUCCACUUGCAAAUUAAAUAUGAAAAACUUCGCAAUUUUCAAAUCAUAAGUUUUUUGAAAAAUAUUUUUAAAAUUAAUUAAUAAGUACUCAUAAAGUAUAUAUGAACGAUAAUUGAAAGAGUUCUUCAGUGUAAAAAAUAUUAUGCACGUAAUGUGGAGUUAUCAGUGAUAUUAUAAUUUAAGUAAUUAUUUUUAUACAAAAUCAGUAUAAACUUCUACAAUAAUAUUUUGAAAUAAAAACUUCAUUAUUGUUUCAUACUCAUUUAUGUACAUACAUACUUAUUAAGUUUCGAAAAUACUCGAAAUUAGAGAAUCACUUAAAAAAAUGUAUGAAAUAAUUUUGAA